AUGUCCGACUUGAACACUGCUAGCUCUAGCCAAGACCCUUCUCCGGCUGACCCACAAGUUGAACAUGAAAAAAAGGAAGAAACCGACGACGCUCCACUGGAAGAGGAGAAGAUGUACAAGCUGAAGGCCUCUGACGGCGUGAUUCUCGAGAUGAGUGAACUCGCAAUGAGACACUCGGAAACUCUGCUGGAAACGGCGAGAAUACUCGCCAACGCGCCUGAUGGCACGGCCAAAGAUUACGUUGUGGUGGAGAGCGUGGACGGACAGAGCCUGAAGAAGAUUGUCGAGUGGUGCGAGAACUACAAGCACACGCUUCCGACACAGGAGGACGAGGAUGAGCACGCUGAGAUUGUGAUUCCGGAGUGGGACCGCGAGCAUUUGAAUAUCGACAAUAAAGAGCUGUUCGAUCUGCUUUGUGGAGCCGAUUACCUCGGCGUCAAAGGGCUCGUGAACGUCGGAUGCAAGACGGUCGCCAACAUGGCCACAGGAAAAACUUCGGCGCAGAUGAGGGAGACUUUUGGAAUAACGGCGGACGAGCAAGAUGAGCAGCCCACCGAUAAUAGGGUAGUCGCGAUAUGGAGAGGUCCCGGAUCGUCCCGCUGA